CCUCAGCAUUCCCAUCAAGCUGACCUUGUGGUAACUUGUACCCCGACAGCAUGGAUCUCUACACAACCAUGCCAAUGCUAGUAGAGCUCCGAUGCACCUUCUACUGGAACUCAGCGCGCGUGCGACGCACCCUCUCCCCCCUCGUCUUCGCGGCCCGCAUCACGCUCGACACCAAGGUGGCCUUCCUGCACUCGAUCGACGCGGCCUGCCUGCAGCAGGUGCGCGACUCGACGCGCUACGUCAGCGUCCUCGGGCGCGCCCCGAUCAUCGACUACGAGGUCGAGCGCUACUUUGUGUGGAGCGGCUUCCAUGACGACCGCCUGCCCAUCUCGAGCGUGCCCGAGCGCGAGUUCCGGAACCAGCUGGACCUCGUCGAGAAGAGGGGCUACAGGGACUGGAUCCGCGUCGACAUGGCCCUCGAGAUUGAGGCGCCUGAUGUCGAGGGCGGUGGCCUGGAUGGCGGCAGGAAGGCUGAGGAUCUUGUUGCUCACCGAGACUGA